AACCCAAUGAUUUGGAUAAGGGUGGUCAACUGUAACCUGGGUUAGCUACUUCAACAUUGCAGAGGUGUUCAAGAAUUUCGGUGUACUAUUUUGGUCUAAUGCAACCAAAUGGAAGUAUGGAAAUGGAACUAUCCAACUAUGGUUUUUGCAUCAAUGGUGAAUGCUCUUUUUGUUCUUAAUCUAUGUAACGUUAAAUGUAGCUUUAAAUUCUGGAAAUGAAGAUAUGCUGAU